UGUUUUUUAUAGUGAAGGUUUAUAUCUUUUUUUAAGGUUUGGUGUUAUAUAGGAGAUAAAUUAGUUUUUGAAAAUAUAUUUAUAAAAAAAAUUGGUUUCAGCCUGUUAUCAAAAUCAUUUUUAGAAAUAUACAUUCCAAGAAUUUUGAGACUACAUUAUAUAUCAAAAACGUAUUAUUAAUUAAGUAAUAAGGAUUUAUGUAAGUCUUUUUGAUUAGUUAGCCAAAUAAAUAACUAAAUUAUAUUAGUAUAUUUUAUAAUCAGUCUUGUUACAUUUUGUUAGCAAAAUCAGUUUUGAAAAUAAUUGAGGGAAGAUAUUUUGAAGACUCAAAAGGAAAUAAAAAAUAUUUGAGCAGUUUGGAAUUAAUGAUCUCACGUUUUAAUCAUAUUGGACCUUAUCUUUACUAUCUGUUAACUAUGUUUUAACCAUCAGAACAAUGUUUUUUUAUCCAUAGUUCCCCUUUAGAGAACAUUUUUCAUGAAUUGCAGUAAAUCUAUUUUGAAAUCCAUACUUAAAUUUCCACUGGAAAACUUUUUCUGAAUAAAAAAGGAAAAAAAGUUCCCUUCUAGGAAACAACAAUUAUAACUCAAGUCAUGACAGUAAAUUUAUAAUAUGCGAUCUAUAUAACAAUAUGGUUUAUAUUAUCCACGAUUGAAUUGAUUAUUGAUGUAUAAUGAUUUCAUACUUAUAAACAUGUUACAUUAUAUAUAUACAUAUAUAUAUAUAUAUAUAUAUAUAUAUUCAUAUAUAAUAAAGUAAUUCGGAAGUAAAAUGGUUUCAAAAACUAAAAUCGGUUGCUUAUGAGUAAGAUUAUAGAGAGACUGGAUAUUUUAUAAAACUUCUCAUAGUUCGAUUUUGGUUGCAUUUGGUAUGGACCAUGAAAGAUUGAACUGAUGUUAAUGUGUCAAAAUCAUCUAAACCAGAAAAUAUGACAAUUAUGAUUGGACUAAAUUGAAAAUUUGUGUAUGGAUUUGGUUAAGUCAUAGGUCAUUAAGAAAAGGUGUAUUAACAUUAAUUUAAUUGGUCUCAAAAUCUGAAUGACAUAUUUAUUCUUUAAAAAGUUCUAGAUAUAAUAAUUAGUAUUAAAUAAUGAGUGACAUUUUUUGUACAUACCACUGAAAGAUAAAAUUAUUUCUAAAUAAUAUUCAUGUUUUAAUAAGAAAAAAAAUAUAUUAAUGAAUUAAUCUAAUAAUAGAUUUUUAUACAGUAAAUUUUUUAAUCAACCUAUUUUGAUAGAAUAAACUAUAUAUUCAUCAAACACACUGCAAAUGAUUUUCUGAUAGUUUAUGUUUUGCCAAAAUUUGGCAUGUGAUCGAAAUUCUCAUUUCUAACUAGACAUGUGAUAAGUUACUUGGUCGACUUCCCAUCUGGUGAGUCUCUCCUCAUGUAGUCAUGCUUUGAUUCAGUAUAUUAUUGUUAAUAUAGACAACAAGUUGAUUUUUUUCAAAUAUUAUACUCCAUCCACAAAGAAUUCUUCUUUUUGAUUUCUUUAAUCAUUACAUGCCUUCAUGUAUUUGAGAUAUAGACUCAAACACACAACUUUCUAAUAUUAGAUUUUGUUUAUUAACUUAUAAAUUUUGAACUAGUUGGCUUUUAAAAACAAAAGAAAAAUUCACAAGAUAAGUCUAAUUUUGGAAUAGAAAAAAGGUACGACAAUUUCAACUGAAUAGAUUAGGAGAUAAGAAUGUAAUGAGAUCAUCAAACAGCUAACCAAUUAAAAAAAACGAUAUAAGUUACAGACAUAACAAAGCGGGAGAUUCGGUAAGUUGCUAAAGACACAUAAGAAUAAAGAGUUUUAAAAAACAAAAUUAAAAAAUUUGAGUGUUUAUUUGUUGGAGAUUAGUUUGGAGUUCGUCCAUUGUUUAUCGGCAACCAACUUUUGCUCUGCCUUAACAACGUCAUUUCUGUAAAAAAAUGACGUCUUCUUCCUCCUCAGCCUCCUCGUUUUGCUCACUCUCCUUUCCAUUUCUCUUGUUUUCUUCUUAUUCUUUGUAGCCUCCCUCUCUCUCUCUCUCCUGUGUAAUUCUAAUUGUGUAUGUUACACAAUUAAUGGCGUCUUUAAAUAUGAAGAUGAAGAAAAGGGAUAAUUAUGGCGCCGAACCUGACAAGAAAAAGCUGGCCAUGGCCGGAAUCCGACACCAGUUGCUGCUACUCCUUCGCCGCCGUCACCGUCUAUUUCCUCUGGUCUCUGCCUUCUCCGGCUGUCUCCUCCUCCUCCUCCUCUUCUCAUUUUCCUUCCCUCCUGUGAUCCAUCACUCACCACUAGGCAGGAAGAAUCAAGUUGCCGUAGAAUCCAAGCUUCUUGUACCCGAAAAUGGCGGAAGAUCGGAUCGCCACUUAUGGAGCUCGAAAUUAUCCAACUCCUACUAUGGCUGCAGCAAUGCCAGUGGCACCUUUCAAGUCUUGGAUAAGACGAGCCAAACAGAUCGAUAUUUACUGAUCGCUACAAGCGGAGGGUUAAACCAACAGCGAACAGGGAUAAUAGACGCUGUGGUUGCGGCUUACAUCCUAAAUGCCACUCUUGUGAUCCCUAAACUGGACCAAAACUCAUACUGGAAGGACAUCAGCAACUUUGAAGAAAUAUUUGACGUUGAUUGGUUCAUUUCGCAUCUCUCCAAAGAUGUCAAGAUCAUCAAGGAGCUUCCUAAUGGAGAGGAGUCAAGACUCAUUGGCCUACAGUCCAUUCGUGUUCCCAGGAAGUGCACACCCUCUUGCUACCUGCAGCGUGUUUUGCCCCUUCUUAAGAAGAAGCAUGUUGUACAACUCUCUAAAUUCGACUACAGGCUGGCUAACCACCUGGAUACAGAGCUACAGAAGCUGAGGUGUAGAGUGAACUACCAUGCGGUUAGAUAUACGGAGACUAUCAACAAGAUGGGUCAAAUUCUGGUUGACCGGAUGAGAACCAAAGCCAAACACUUUGUUGCCCUUCAUCUCAGGUUCGAACCUGAUAUGUUGGCCUUCUCCGGAUGCUAUUACGGGGGAGGUCAGAAAGAGAGACUUGAACUGGGAGUUAUGAGAAGAAGGUGGAAAACAUUACACGCGGCAAACCCUGACAAAGUACGGGAGCACGGGAGAUGUCCCCUGACUCCAGAGGAGAUCGGUCUGAUGCUCAGGGGCUUAGGUUUUGGAAGAGAAGUUCACUUGUACGUUGCAUCAGGUGAGGUAUAUGGAGGGGAUGCUACACUAGCACCAUUGAGAGCUCUGUUUCCAAAUCUCCAUACAAAAGAGACAUUGACCUCCAAGAAAGAGCUAGCUCCUUUUGCGCGCUUCUCAUCACGCAUGGCAGCUCUUGACUUCAUCGUCUGUGAUGAGAGCGACGCAUUUGUCACCAACAACAACGGCAACAUGGCUAGAAUCUUAGCUGGAAGAAGGAGAUACAUGGGACACAAAGUGACCAUCCGUCCAAACGCCAAGAAACUCCACAAAAUCUUCACAAACAGACACAACAUGACAUGGGAUGAAUUCUCAACCAAGGUCCGGAAGUACCAAACCGGGUUCAUGGGGGAGCCAGAUGAAAUGAAAGCAGGAGAGGGAGAGUUCCAUGAGAACCCGACCUCCUGCAUUUGUCGAAAGAAGAAGGCCAAUGAAGAACUGAAAGAGGACGAGCAUGACUCAUGGCCAUGGGAGUACUCGGACAUUGGCAAUGUCCCCAUGGCCACUAGAAGCGGUUUGGAUCAUCAAUCAGAAGUUGACCAUGAGAACUAAUCAUUCUUCUCUUUUUUUUUCUUCUUUUGUGCUCUUUAUGCAAGAUUCAGCAUUCUUUUCCAAAACACAAAAAUGUAAUGUCAUUUGAAGGGUUACGAGUAGAAAGAAAGGUGGUCCUGUGUACAUAUAUAGACCUCUUUUGUACAUAUAUUGUAUAAUCCAUCUUUUAAUCUUU